AUGAGCCGCGCGUUCCCCCGUCACGUCGGCAUUGCGCACACGCGGUGGGCCACUCACGGCGCGCCGUCCCCGCGCAACUCGCAUCCUCAGUCGUCCGGUCCGAGCCACGACUUUCUGGUGGUGCACAACGGGAUUAUCACCAACUACAAGGCGCUGAAGGGCACCCUCCAGAAGCACGGCUUUACGUUCGAGUCAGAGACAGACACCGAGGUGAUCCCGAAGCUCGCCAAAUUCGUGUACGACAAUCUGCUGCAGUCGGAAGGGGGGCAUGGCGGCGAGGGCAUGGCGAAUGGCGUCUCGAGCAUGGCCAAUGGCGUGUCGGGCAAGACAGUCAACGGUGCCACAGGUGGGGAGCGGGUGGCGUUCACGCAGGUGGUAAUGGAGGUGAUGCGGCAGCUGGAGGGCGCCUACGCGCUGCUCUUCAAGAGCCCGCACUUCCCCAACCAGCUCGUCGCCUGCAAGCGCGGCAGCCCGCUCCUCCUGGGCGUCAAAGUCCCCUCCGACGGCCGCAAAUCCGCGUUUGAUAUAGUGGGCGCGGAGGAACCGGGAGGGGUGGUGAGAGGUGGAGCCGUGCCGACUGGGCCGAGAGAGUUGUUCCUAGCGAGCGAUGCGAGCGCGGUGGUAGAGCAUACGAAGAAAGUGAUGGUUAUAGAGGAUAACGAAGUGGUGCAUAUCAGGGACGGGGUCGUUUCUCUGUUUUCGUUCGAGCCGGAUAAGGCCAAGCGCGGUUUACCCCCCACGACGGCGCUGCAGCGGGCGCUCUCGACGCUAGAGAUGGAGGUGGAGCAGAUCAUGAAGGGGAGUUAUGAUCAUUUCAUGCAGAAGGAGAUUCACGAGCAGCCUGAGUCGCUCACCAUGACGCUGAGGGGAAGGCUGAUUCACGGCAAGGCGGAUUCGCUGUCUCCUACUGCGUCUAAUGCAUGCAGCUCCCUUCCGCCCUCCGCCUCCGCAGCAGCAGCGGUAGCAGCGGCAGCUGUAACUGCUGGUGACUCUACUGCUGCGGCUGCCGCUGCUGGUUCGAAUGGAAGCAGCCCAGUAGCUUCAACCGCAGCAGCACCAGGAGGAGCAGGUGCAGUCUCCAGCCUGCCGCCCCUCUCCCCUCUUUCCAAACUCUCCCCUGUCAGCCGCGUAGGCUCCUCAGCGCCUUGGUCAGAGGAAAAAGGGGUGCUACUAGGCGGUCUCAAGGACCAUCUCCUCACCAUCCGCCGCAGCAGGCGCAUCAUUUUCGUCGGCUGCGGCACCAGUUACCACGCAGCCCUCGCCGUGCGUCCUCUGCUAGAAGAGCUUUCCGGGGUGGCGGUUCAGCUGGAGCUGGCGAGCGAUAUGUUGGACAGAAACGCGCCGGUGUAUAGGGAGGAUACGGCGGUGUUUAUGAGCCAGUCGGGGGAGACGGCGGACACGCUGUCGGCGUUGGAGUAUGCGCGGGCGAGGGGGGCGCUGUGUGUGGGCGUGACUAACACGGUGGGGAGUGCUAUUGCCAGGCGGACACACUGCGGCGUGUUCAUCAACGCGGGGGCUGAAAUCGGCGUUGCCAGCACCAAGGCAUACACGAGUCAGAUUGCGGUGCUGGUGCUGAUGGCUCUUGCGAUUGGGGAGGACAGCAUUUCCACGAAAGAGCGAAGAGAGCGGAUCAUAGACAGCCUCGUCGACCUGCCCAGGAAAGUGCGGCAGGUGCUGAGGCUAGACUCUGAGAUCCAGCAGCUAGCCCGGGAGCUAUCAGGCGAGCAGAGCCUGCUGGUGUUUGGGCGCGGGUACAACUAUGCGACGGCGGUGGAGGGGGCGCUGAAGGUGAAGGAGGUGGCGCUGAUGCACAGCGAGGGCAUUCUGGCCGGCGAGAUGAAGCACGGCCCCCUCGCCCUCGUUGACGCCACCCUGCCUAUCAUCGUUGUUGCUACUCGUGAUAGCACGUGCAGCAAGCAGCAGUCAGUCAUCCAACAGUUGCAGGCCCGCAGCGGCCGAUUAAUGCCGUCGUUUAAGAACGAGUGGGUGACGAAGAGCACAUGUGGCGACGCGAGGGAGAGGAUUCUCGAGGCAGCGAGCGAAGUCGACCCUGAUGUGAUUGUUCUGGGAAGCCAUGGGCACGGCGCUAUAACGAGGGUCCUACUGGGGAGCGUGAGCGACCACGUGGCACACGCUGCUAAUUGUGCGUCGUCAACUCGGCUCACUAGCACCGGCAGCUACUGA